AUGGGCAAUACUCACGAAAUGAUAACUAUUAUAAUAAGCCUCUUAGCAGCCCUGAUCCUGGUCUAUAUUCUAUAUAUGAGGUUCCUACACCGAUUAAGCAAAUACCCCGGACCCCUACUCGCAACUCUAACAAACAGUUACAAGGCAUACUAUGUCUACAACCUGCAGUUACACGAGAAACUUCUCGAGCUCCACAUGCAAUAUGGACCCGUUGUGCGCGUGGGACCUAAUCACCUCCAUCUAUGGGAAGGAGAAGCAAUUACACCAAUCUACAAGGGGGGACGGAAAAUGAGGAAAUCGGAUUUCUAUAAUGCUUUUACAGCCUUUAAUCCGAACCUUUUCGGUGGUACGAAUGAAGAUAUCCACUCUAUUCGCCGCAGACAACUCUCCCACGGAUUCUCACAGGCAUCAGUCCAGAAACUGGAACCCCUCAUCGAAGGUCAGAUGAAAGUCCUCACCGAUAAGCUGCGAGGUUUCGCCAAGACAGGCGAAAUCUUCGAUUUUAAGAACGUCCUCUCCUUGUAUGUCCUCGAUAUCCUCGGCGAAGUGGCUUUCAGUAAGCCAUUCGGUGUACAGGGCAGGGGAGAGUCAGAAGAACUCCGAGCCAUCAAUGACCAUCUCCUUUUAGCCGGAGUCAUUGGUGAACUACCUUUCCAAGAACUAUGGAAGACACUAUCAAGGAUGUCUCCGGUACCGUGGAUGAGACAACUCGUCAAAAGCAGGAAUAAUCUGAAAGCUAUAUGCUCUCGCUGUGUCAAAUUCAAAAUUAACAAUCUGUCUGAACGGCCAGAUCUACUGAAAAGCCUUGUUGAAGCUGUUGAUCCGGAAAGUGGUUCCAGGUUGACGGAGCAGGAGAUUAAUUCUGAGGCUUUUGCUGUUCUCGUGGCUGGAUCCCAUUCCACAUCAGGAACCCUAACACUCCUUCUUUGGCAUUUAACGCAUAAUCCCGACAUCCUAGCAACCUUGACGCAAGAAUUGGAUCAAAAACUACCACCCCUCCGUGAUAACCAGGUUUCUUAUCCCAUCCAAGGCCUAGAAACAUCCCUCAGCUACACAAUGGCUUGCGUGAGAGAGAAUUUCCGCCUGAAUCCCGUAUUCACAAUGCCCUUAUGGCGUCAAGUGGGCUACCCUGGUGGUGUCGAAAUCGCAGGACACUAUAUCCCCGAGGGAACAAGUGUGUGCAUCUCCAACUACGUCCUACACCAUAAUCCAGGUAUAUGGGGUGCAGACCACGAAGAGUUUAAACCCGAUCGAUGGCUUGAUGAGAAUUAUAAUAAGGAAAAGGGCAGGUACUUGAUUCCCUUCAGUAUCGGGCAUCGGAUGUGUAUUGGGAGGAAUCUGGCUAUGACAAAUAUCCUCAAGACUAUUACUACGUUACUUGUAAGGUUUGAAUUUGAGCCUGUGGAUGUGAAGAGAAGGGUUAGGGUACGUAGUCCUGGAAUUGGGGAGAUGGAGGGAGAGUUUUUGUGUCGAAUUUCUGUCAAGGAGUAG